UGUCUUGCAAUAGUUUUACUCCUACGGCGCUACUCCAGCAAGUCGGUUAUCGGCGUGCAGUUCAGACAUUUGGGAAUCAUCCAACAGAUAACAUCUAGCGCCAUCACCAUGCCUAUUAGUAUCGAAACGGUUGCGACGACCCCAUUCGAGGGACAGAAACCCGGAACCAGCGGGCUUCGUAAAAAGGUAAAAGUAUUUACCCAGAAGAACUACACCGAAAAUUUCGUCCAAUGUAUCUUGGAUGCUAACGGUGCUGCCCUUGCUGGUUCGACACUCGUCGUCGGAGGCGAUGGACGUUACUACUGCAAGGAAGCAUGCGAGCUAAUUGUUCGGCUCUGCGCCGCCAACGGUGUGCGUAAGAUUCUGCUCGGCCAAAACGGUAUCCUAUCUACGCCAGCUGUUUCGGGUUUGAUUCGGGGCAAUAAGGCACUUGGAGGAAUCGUGUUGACCGCGUCACACAACCCUGGUGGCCCGGAGAACGAUUUCGGUAUCAAGUUCAACUGUGAAAAUGGUGGACCCGCACCGGACGCAUUUACAAACAAAAUCUUCGCUUUGUCCGGAGAAAUUAAGCAGUACAAAACCGCCGCGGUGACGGUGGACAUCGGCAAGAUCGGUGAAACCUCCGUCGAGGUGAACGGCAACCCGUUCACGGUGCAGGUGAUCGACUCCGUGUCGGAUUACGUGCUGAUGAUGAAGGACAUAUUCGAUUUCGAGCGAUUGCGUGACUUCGUAAGCGGCAAGUCGCGCCCCGGUGGCCAACCGCUGAAGAUGCGGAUCGAUUCUAUGAACGGUGUCACCGGCAGCUACGUGAACGAGAUCUUUGUCAAUUGUUUGGGUGCAGCGAAAGAUGGCGUAGUCCAUACGACACCGUUGCCCGAUUUCGGUGGACUUCAUCCAGAUCCGAACCUAACGUACGCGAAGGAUCUGGUCGAUACGGUGCGCGCCGGCGACUACGACAUUGGGGCUGCAUUUGAUGGCGACGGUGAUCGUAACAUGAUCAUCGGUCGUAAGGCAUUCUUUGUUACGCCGAGCGAUUCGUUGGCGGCAAUUGCCCAUUACAUAGAGUGCAUUCCGUACUUCAAGCGUUGCGGCGUUCAAGGAUUCGCUCGCAGCAUGCCAACCGCUUCUGCAGUCGAUCGAGUCGCCAAAGCGCUCGGUAAGGAGCUGUUCGAGGUACCGACCGGUUGGAAGUACUUCGGCAACCUCAUGGACGUCAAUCGACUGUGUUUGUGCGGUGAGGAAAGCUUCGGAACCGGAUCGAACCACAUCCGCGAAAAGGACGGAAUUUGGGCGGUGCUUGCCUGGCUCUCGAUCAUGUCUCACACGGGCAAGAGCAUCGAGGAUAUCUGCGUCGAACAUUGGCGGCGGUAUGGUCGCAACUAUUUCACCCGUUACGACUACGAAGAGUGCGAUUUGGCUCCGUGCAACGAGAUGAUGGAUACGUUGGAGAAAACCAUCACCGAUCCAGCGUUUGUCGGUAAAGAGCUGAGUGCGGGCGGAAAGACGUACAAGGUGAAGUUGGGCGACAACUUCAGCUACAACGACCCGAUCGACAAGUCCGUUUCGACGAAGCAAGGCUUGCGGAUCGUUUUCACCGAUGGCAGCCGCAUCGUCAUGCGCCUUAGUGGCACGGGCAGCUCGGGCGCUACAGUUCGUUUGUACAUUGAUUCCUACGAGAAGGAUAACGUGCUGGGUAGCGCAUCGGACAUGCUUAAACCACUGAUCGAUAUCGCAUUGCAGGUUUCCAAACUGCCUGCCUUCACUGGCCGCAACGCACCGACCGUAAUAACGUAAAUGUACAACACCUUUUUGAGUAAAAACUCAAUAUAUACCCCUCCCAUGUUUUUGGCAGGACCCUAAAAAUUCGACGCAUGGAUUGAUGACAUGUACAAACAAAUUGGUUAGCUCAAAGGUGUCUUGUUUACUAGUAAAUAAAAUCAUCUUAAAUAAAUCAUAAAUCAAUAGUUAAAUUGAUUAGAGUAAUAAAGU